CGUGCACAAUCCUCGCGGUUCCCGCGGGUUUCUUCUGUCUGCUUCGCUUGCGUGGGCUUGCCAUUUUGCAUCUUCCCGACUCGGCGAUUCGACUCACCCAGCAGCAAUCCCAGAAGCCCGACGAAAAAUGUUCUUCCUCCGGGUCCACUCGGUGGACACCGACCACCCUCUCGCCACCGACUACGGCGGCUUCUCCUCCUCCUCGCCGUCGCCGAGCCCUAAGUUCACCGAGCGGAGGGGCAUGGUCCACCUGUUCCGGACGCUCUCGCACGCGCCUCUCUCGAGCCCCGGCUCUCGCUCCACCACCCUCUUCGUCGUCGCCGUCCCCAAUUACUUCUCCCCCGACGACUUCAUCCGGUUCUGCGGCCCUCGGAUCGAUGACGUCUCUGAGCUCCGGUUCAUCAGGAAUGAUGGGAUGGAAGAUAGGUACAGUGUGCUGGUCGAGCUUGUCGAUCAAAAGACUGCUGACGGUUUCUAUUGCACCUUCAAUGGCAAGAAUUUUUCGCCCGCUGAGGCUGAGGUAUGCCAUAUUCUAUUUAUGCACGAAGUGGACUAUACCGAAUCAGCUGAUGUAGCUAGCACACCCCCUUCGGGCUUUACGGAGCUACCAUCAUGUCCAGUUUGUCUUGAGAGAUUGGACCCAGAUACCAGUGGAAUUUUGAGUACGCAGUGUGACCAUUCCUUUCAUUGCUCAUGUGGUACAAAAUGGACUUACUUGUCUUGUCAGGUUUGCCGACUAUGCCAGCAGCAAGAUGAGGUGCCUGCCUGCUUUAUUUGUGGAACAAUGGAAAAUCUUUGGGUUUGUCUGAUAUGUGGUUUUGUCGGAUGUGGAAGAUACAAAGAUAAGCACGCAAUCAGCCAUUGGAAAAAUACGCAACAUUGCUAUUCUCUUGAUUUAAGAACACAGCAAAUUUGGGAUUAUGUUGGGGACACUUACGUUCAUCGGCUUAAUCAAUCAAAAGCUGACGGCAAGCUUUUGGAGAUGAAUUCAUACUGUGAAUCACUUGAAGGAGAUUGUGGUAGCUGUGGUUAUAGCGAGGAUUCUGAAAUUAGUGGGGCACUCUUCAGCAGCAAAAUUGAAGCAAUUCACGCUGACUAUAUUCAUCUAGCUUCAACUCAGCUGGAAGUGCAAAGAAAACAUUAUGAGUCUCUCAUGUUAGAAGCCAAAAGUAGAAAAGAAAAUUCCAAACUAGAAGCAAUCGAGAAAGCUGUGACUUCAAAGAUUCAAGACGUCCAUAGUGAGCUGGAGAAACUUGGUGACGAAAAGAAGGCCGUGGCAGAGCUUAAUCAAACUCUUAUCAAGAACCAAGACAUGAUGCGGAGAAAGGUUAAGGAAAUUGAAGAGAGGAUACAUGUGCUUCUGUGCAUCUGCAGGAAAGCUCUGUCACUGAAGUCGAAGGAUGAACAGAUACUUGACUUGGAAGAACAGCAGUAUGUCCCUCGUCAUUCUUCGCAGAUCAGAGAUCUUAAGGUGUACAUUGGAGCCCAGAAAACACUCGAUGAAACGAAUGAUAAAGAUGGCGUCAAAGGAGGAACCCUGUUACCAGUGCCUUUGCAGCAGUCAACCCCAGCCAGAAAGAGCGGGAAGCCCAGUCGAAGACGGAAAUAAGCAGGUGUCACUUUGUGUGCAGAUGCUUGACAAGUAAACGAGAAUGACGUGAAUGCAUUUAAUUUUUUUCAUCGUAUUGACAAUCGUCACAAGAAGGAAAACUACCAUUAGCGGCAUUUGCAGAUGCAGAG